GGGGUCUCGGCGUCGAUGUCCAAGACAAUGAUCACCGUCAAGCCCGCCGUCGAAGCCGUCUUCAAGGGUAUCAUGGACAAGACCUUGGAGCAGUACUCGGAGCUGAGGUUCCCGGACCCAGUCAACCCCUCGGCUACCAAGGAGGAGGAGACGGGUACCAAGGAGGAGGAGACGGGUACCAAGGAGGAGGAGACGGGUACCAAGGAGGAGAAGAAGGAGCUGCUGGAGUCGCUGCAGCGCCGCGUCGCCGACUACGAGCGCCAGGGGGCGCAGGCCACCCUGGAGAUGCAGCAGGCGGCCCACGCCGUCGCCGUCGAGAACCGCCGCCUGCGCGGGCUGCUUGCCGCCGGUGGCAUAAAGCGCAAGCUAGAGGAAGCGUGCCCGGCGGACCUCGGGGACGGCGACGCUCAGCAGAGCGGCGGCAGCGAUUGCAAGGGACUAAACCGCGAGCAGCUGGCCGUCUCGCCGGCCGACACUGUGAAAGCCUGCUGCCCGAGCGUGCGGAUUCCGGCGAAAUACGUGAUCCCUUCAGAUGCCUCACUGGGGGAGGAGAAGGAAGGGCUUGCCACCAUCCCGCCCGAACCAGCGGCGUGUUGCGGUCCGAAAGUCUGUGGUGUCCCAGUCACGGUCGAGUUGGAGCCAAGGCACCCCUCGCCACAACCCCUGCCACAGGCAGUGUCGUGUUGCAGCACGCUGCCGUCCCAAGCGAUAUCUUGCUGCGGCGCCGACGCCGACGGGCCGCUGCAGACCCGGUCGGUUUUCCAGACGGCAUGCGAAGACGCCGCGGCGCUUCUCAUGGAGAAGCGCGGCGAGAACGCGGACGCGACGGACCGCUUGGAGAUCCGCAGCGCGCUGGGGCGCGUGGGACCGGGCACUUGCCAGGUCAAGUACACGACCGUCCUGGAGCUUCUCGACAAGUUUACCGUCUGAUUCUCGCGGCCGUCCUGCCACUGGAUGGCGGCACAAAAGCCUGCCCUCGCUUUUGCUGUUGGGCGUUGCGUAUCAUUCGUUUCCUUGUUUCUCUGGACGUCGACGCAUGACUUUUGGUGGACUUCACCUACCUUUCUCUUGCAUCGACCGGCAUACUCACUCCUUCCAAUGCACGCUUCCAUCAACCCACAUCAGCCCUAUGCAGGUGGGAGUGAAAGAGAACCGGGAUUGUAUAAAGAAGGCCGAUUAAGGACCAGGGCGAGGCAGUGCGGAGGAGGACGCGAUCAAGCCAGCCUUCGCCUGUAGAGGCAGGCAGGGCGAAACGAGCGAGCACGGCGGCGGCCGACGAAAUGCCGCGGAGGAUUCCAACACUUGUUGGCGACAAGCUUCAAAGGAUGCCACCUUGAAAGGAUACCACCCCGCCCACCGAUCUCGCCGCUGCUCGCCUGGAGAGGACCGCAAACGGCAGAAAAGGGCUAAUUUGCAGCUUGGAGAUGGCCGGGAGCAGAAUGGCGCGGCUUCCCCCGUCGCUGCCAGCCAGUUUUGUUCAGAUGAGCACCUGGAAUGGUCGGCCAGGUUGUUAGCACUGGCAAGCAGAACUAAAAAGUUUUUACCUCGCGCAGCACGUGAGCGCCUCUCGCCAUGGCAUUAUCCCCCCUAGUCGGUGAGGACGAGCCCAACGCGCGACUUGGCCUUUUCGGAGAGAAUGGCCCAGGAGAGACGGAGCGAGAGCAGAGGGGCGACGAUGAGGAAAAGGACGCCGAAGACGAGCUGGCGCAGAGUUUCGCCAAGGCACACCAUGCUGAGCGAUGAUGGGCGCCGACAGGCCGACGGACUCGCCUUUUUCCAGCACCAGGUCAGUUCCGGGAACAGCAUUGUUCAGCAGCACGCCGACGGUGCGAGGCAGCGGGCCAGCCAGCUGAGCGACUUGAAUGUUGAUGAUCCUUUUAUCCUUGAUGGCGAGGGACUUUGUUCGGUCGGGCCGGUUCCAGGACAGUCUCCUGUAGGAGAGGUGUCAUCUGCUACCACUGUCCCUCGAGCAUGUUGGAUACAGCAUCAGUCAAGUUGUGCUGUUUUUCGUGGCCGCUUGACAUAGUUAUGACCUAGACAAUAAGAUUAGAGAGGAGGCCCCAACAGGUCUUAGUAUGGGGAACCUCCAGUAGGCCAUGUAUUGUAGCUAAAAGUUGGGAUAAUUGUGCAUAUAGGUCCAAGGUAUUCGAGGAGCAUACCGUAUCGCCUUGUCCAUACACUCCCGACAGAGACGUGUUCUGAAAAGUCUAUAGCCCAAAUGGACCCCCAAAACCCGGUGGCGGCGCCGAGAGAAAUCAUCUUGGCCAAUCAGGAAACAGCAGUGACCAGACACGCCGAUGCCUGACCAAUCAAGCAGCCGCCCCG